CUCCCAUUUACUUCCUGUGCAGCUGCUGCUGGACACAGCCAGACCACUGAGAGAUAUCAGGUAUUGAUGUAACUGGAAUGAAUAAGGGAACCUUCUUCCUGAGCACAGACAUUGGAGCCUGUUAUCAGCAUGAACUCAUAUGUGUUAGACAAACACUUGAAUAGUUCAGAUCCAUCCUUCACAGGAAACAUCAGAAUGAUACCGCAAACUCCAAAAGUCUUAGACACUAAUGACUAUUCACAAACAUUGGGGAUAUCACAGCAGAUAUUUAGAGAAGAUUGUGAAUUGGCAGGAACUGGGAAGCAAUCAUUGUGUACAGAGAGUAAUUUAGUCAUCAAACAAGAGGACAACAUUUAUGACUUAUCUAGUGAAAUUAUUAUCCCAGAUGCUAAACCACACACAUUUACUGAGUUUUCAAAUCAUAUUAAAGAAGGGAGAAGUCUACAGUCUAGCCAAAUGAUUCAUACAAAGGAGAAAUCUUUCAAAUCUACAGAAUGUGAGAAAAGCUUUAGAUGGAAGUCUCCUCUACUAGAACACUACAAAAUUCACACAGGUGAGAAACCACACACAUUGUCUGAGUGUGGCAAAUGUUUUACACAAAUGAGUGAUCUGAAAAAGCAUGAAAGGUUUCACAUAUGGGGAAAGUCUUUCACAUGUACAGAGUGUGGAAAAUGUUUUACAGAAAAGGGUAGUCUGAAAACUCAUGAAAGGAGUCACACAGGAGAAAAGCCUUUCACAUGUACAGAGUGUGGAAAAUGUUUUACAGAAAAGGGUAGUCUGAAAACUCAUGAAAGGAGUCACACAGGAGAAAAGCCUUUCACAUGUACAGAGUGUGGAAAAAGUUUUACACAAAAGAGUAAUCUGAAAACUCAUGAAAGGAUUCACACAGGAGAAAAGCCUUUCAUGUGUACAGAGUGUGGAAAAGGUUUUACACGAGUGGAUCUUCUGAAAACUCAUGAAAGGUUUCACAUAGGGGAAAAGCCUUACACAUGUACAGAGUGUGGAAAAUGUUUUACACAAAAGAGUGAUCUGAAAAAGCAUGAAAGGAUUCACACAGGGGAAAAGCCUUUCACGUGUACAGAGUGUGGAAAAUGUUUUACAGAAAAGGGUAGUCUGAAAGCUCAUGAAAGGAAUCACACAGGAGAAAAGCCUUUCACAUGUACAGAGUGUGGAAAACGUUUUACACAAAUGAAUGAACUGAAAAAGCAUGAAAGGAUUCACACAGGGGAAAAGCCUUUCAUGUGUGCAGAGUGUGGAAAAGGUUUUACACGAGUGGAUCUUCUGAAAAAGCAUGAAAGGAUUCACACAGGGGAAAAGCCUUUCACGUGUACAGAGUGUGGAAAAAGUUUUACUCAAAUAAAUAGUCUGAAAACUCAUGAAAGGAUUCACACAGGGGAAAAGCCUUUCAUGUGUACAGAGUGUGGAAAAAGUUUUACUCAAAUAAAUAGUCUGAAAACUCAUGAAAGGAUUCACACAGGGGAAAAGCCUUUCACGUGUACAGAGUGUGGGAAAUGUUUCACAUCUAAAAUAUGCCUUAUGUAUCACAAAAAGACCCACACAGGGGAAAAGCCUUUCACGUGUACAGAGUGUGGAAAAAGUUUUACAGAAAAGGGUAGUCUGAAAACUCAUGAAAGGAGUCACACAGGAGAAAAGCCUUUCACAUGUACAGAGUGUGGAAAAAGUUUUACACAAAAGAGUGAUCUGAAAAAGCAUGAAAGGAUUCACACAGGGGAAAAGCCUUUCACGUGUACAGAGUGUGGAAAAAGUUUUACAGAAAAGGGUAGUCUGAAAACUCAUGAAAGGAGUCACACAGGAGAAAAGCCUUUCACAUGUACAGAGUAUGGAAAAAGUUUUACACAAAUGAAUGAACUGAAAAAGCAUGAAAGGAUUCACAAGAAACCUUUCACAUGUUUAGAAAGUGGGAAAAAAGGUUUUUUAUUGAAAUCGGGUAUCACAAAACACCAAAUAUUUACACACAAAUAAACUUUAUAUACACAGUGUAGAAACCUUUUUACAAUUAUCCUAAAGAGGACAAACUCUCUAAAUAGAAGCAUCAAAAAGGAUCCUAUUGUAAAUAAUACUUCUAAAUCCCAGUUAUUAAAGCCCAAGAUUGGAAGUGUUCUCCUGCUGUCCUUUGUUCCUCUAUAUAUGUGCAUCUCAGUUUCUCUCAUAUCAUUGUGAUAGAAUCCAAACACCACACAGGACUAUACAAAUAUUUUCUCAUACUGACCAGUUUACACAAUUAUUCACCACCAAAGAACCCCCAGUGUUGUUUAUUAAUAUGCCAGUGUUAAGAGUUGUACGUUUGAUUUACAGAUGGGAUAAAAUAAAUAUAUUUACAGUCUUUAUAUGAAUAGAGUGUUAGAAAAUUAUAUAAACCAGAACAGCAGUCUCAAAUGAUUGACAUCUGGGAGAUACAGUAUAUUUAAUGUGCACAUCAUGUGGAUAAACCUUUUCUUAUAGCAAUAGAUGCUUAGCAUUGUACAUGUUAUAUACCAGAGGAAUUACUGAGAGGAAACUGAUUUUGUUUGAGACACAAUAUCAGUAACCGGUACAUACGUGAUCAUAAUCAGUUUAAUUCAAAUGGCUACUAUAACCUACAUGAAUACUGGGUAUGUAAUAUUUAUCUAAUGUUCUGUAACUUGAUAUUAUGUCUGUUAGAUGUUUUCAUGUUAAAUAGAAGCCACAAGAACUGAUAAUAGCACAUACUGUAUAUAUAAAGGGAACAUUAUAUGUCUGAUAAAUCCUUUUGUAUCAAGA